AUGCCCGGUGCGAAUUGGCUGUUUCUGCUGUUUCUGCUGUUUCUGCUGUUUCUGCUCCCGGACCAGCGCCAUGACUCACCCGCGCACUCGCGCCUUCGAAUCCCAACGACCGCUGGAGCCUCCGCCGUGCCAGAGAGCAGCGUCGCCCGCGACCGAGCCUGCGGGCAGUCGAGCCAUCGGGCGUUCCGCACGGAGAUAAGUAGCUGGAUACGUCGCGCAGAAACGGACUCUUUUUUCGCGGUCGCCCGUCCAAGGGGGAUUUGUCAGCCGAGACGGGCCCGCGUGCCUUAUCUGCUAGCUCUGCUAGCUCUGCUAGCGCCUGAGCUUGGCCCCGGUCGGCCAGUCAGGGCUUGA